UUGUCAUCACACUGUCCCAGGACUGCUAUAUAUAAAACUGUGCCGGCUCCAGGAUCGCGUUCUCCUCCCUGUCCUCGCCGAGCGGAGGGCAAAAAAGAGCCAGAGGACCCUCUCCCCCUCGGGGACCAGGAUUUCUCCCCAGAGAGUCCUGAGUGGACACAGCUGCCUUUGUUGUCGAUCUCGCAGCCAUGACUUUGCCCCACGGCCCUGGAAGUGUCGGGGAGCCCCAGGCCCCCCAGGCUGUGCAGGUCCACAGGCUGGAACACAGACAGGAGGAGGAGCGGAAGGAGGAGCGCCAGCACAGCUUGCACAUGGGCUCCUCGGUGCGCAGGCGGACCUUCCGCAGCAGUGAGGAGGAGCAGCAGUUCAGCGCCGCCGACUACGCGCUGGCCGCAGCCCUGGCUCUGACGGCCUCCUCCGAGUUGUCCUGGGAAGCCCAGCUGAGGCGCCAGACCUCCGCGGUGGAGCUGGAGGAGCGCGGGCAGAAGCGGGUGCGCUUCGGCAACGAGUGGGAGCGCACGGAGGUCGGCUUCCUGCGCACGCACCGGCUGCUGCGCCAGCGGCGCGACUGGAGGGCGCUGCGGCAGCGGACAGAGGAGAAGGUGCGGGAGGCCAAGGAGCUGAGGGAGCUGUGUUCUGGCCGGGGACCCUGGUUCUGGAUCCCCCUCCGCUCCCACGCCGUCUGGGAGCACACCACGGUCCUGCUGACCUGCACCGUCCAGGGCUCGCCUCCGCCCCAGGUCACCUGGUACAAGGAUGACACGCGCAUCGAUCCCCGCCUCUUCCCUGCUGGCAAGUACCGAAUCACCAACAACUACGGGCUGCUGUCCCUGGAGAUCAGGAGAUGCACCUUGGAGGACUCAGCCACCUACACGGUGAAGGUGAAGAACGCCUUCGGCCAGGCCUCCUCCUUCGCCAAAGUCCUUGUCCGCACUUACCUGGGGAAGGAGGCCGGCUUUGAUUCAGAGAUCUUUAAAAGAUCAAUGUUAGGCCCCAGCGUGGAGUUCACAUCGGUGCUGCAGCCUAUCUUUGCCCGUGAGAAGGAGCCUUUCUCCCUGUCCUGCUUCUUUUCCGAUGAUGUGCUGGAUGCCGAGCACAAGAUCCAGUGGUUCCGAGACGGCAGAGCGCUGAGGUCCUCGGGACGCAGGCAAAUGCUCUACGCAGACCGUCAGGCCUCCCUGAAAGUGACCUGCGCCUACAAGGAGGACGAGGGGCUAUACAGCAUCCGGGUGCCCUCAGCCCUCGGGCCCCGCGAGCAGAGCGCCUAUGUGUUUGUGAGAGAUGCUGCCGCUGAGAAUCCAGGGGCCCCCGGCUCCCCGCUGAACGUCCGGUGCCUGGAUGUGAGCAGAGACUGCCUCACCCUGACCUGGGCCCCACCCAGCGAUACCCGGGGCAACCCCAUCACCGGCUACUCCAUCGAGCGGUGCCAGGGCGACUCCAAGGAGUGGGUACCUUGCCAUGAGGCCCCCAGGAGCACCUGCCGGUGCCCGAUCCAAGGCCUCAUUGAAGGCCAGAGCUACCGAUUCCGUGUGCGAGCCAUUAGCAAGGCGGGCAGCAGCCUCCCCUCCAAGGCCUCAGAAGUCGUUGUCAUGGGUGACCAUGAUGCAGUCCGUAGGAAGACAGAGAUUCCCUUUGACCUGGGCAGCAAGAUCACCAUCAGCGCAGACGACUUUGAAGAUGCUGUGACCAUCCCCUCACCCCCAACCAAUGUCCACGCCAGCGAGAUCCGGGAGGCCUAUGUGGUUCUGAGCUGGGAAGAACCAAAGCCCCGGGGCAAAGCCCCACUGACUUACACCCUGGAGAAGUCGGUCAUAGGGAGUGGCAGCUGGGAGGCCAUCAGCUCAGAAACUCCAGUGAAAUCUCCAAGGUUUGCCCUCCUGAACCUGGAGAAAGGGAAGUCAUACGUCUUCAGAGUGCGGGCUGUGAACCAAUAUGGCAUGAGCGACCCCUCGGAACCCAGCGAGCCCAUCGCCCUGAGAAGCAAGACAGCUACUCUGCCUCCUCCGGCUCAAGUUCAAGCUUUCCGGGACACGCAGACCUCUGUGUGCCUGACCUGGGAGCCUGUGUGUGGUGGUGCUGAACUCCUGGGAUAUUACAUCUACUCCCGGGAGGCAGGAUCAUCCGAGUGGCAGACGGUCAACAACAAACCCAUCCAGGGCAGCAGGUUUGCAGUUCCAGGGCUGAGGACCGGGAAGGAGUACGAGUUUUGCGUCAGGUCGGUCAGUGAGGCCGGUGUGGGUGAGAGCUCAGCCCCCACGGAGCCCAUCAGGGUCAAGCAGGCACUGGCCACCCCAUCAGCUCCGUAUGAUUUUGCUCUCCUGCACUGCGGGAAGAAUGAAAUGGUCAUCGGGUGGAAACCCCCCAAGCGUCGUGGAGGCGGCAAGAUCCUGGGCUACUUCCUGGACCAGCACGACGCGGCAGAGCCAGACUGGCACCCAGUCAACCAGCAGCCGGUCCCCAGUCGGGUCUGCAAGGUCUGCAACCUCCAUGAAGGCCACUUCUAUGAAUUCCGUGCCCGGGCAGUAAACUGGGCAGGCGUUGGUGAGCUGUCGGCACCCAGCAGCCUAUUUGAAUGCAAAGAGUGGACAAUGCCCCAGCCAGGCCCCCCGUAUGACGUGCAGGUGUCCGAAGUGCGGGCCACCUCCUUGAUGCUGCAGUGGGAGCCCCCGAUUUACACGGGGGCUGGGCCAAUCACGGGUUACUGCCUCAGUGUCCAGGAAGAAGGCUCCGAGGAGUGGAAGCAGGUCACCCCAGGCCCCAUCUCUGGCACCCACUUCAGGUGAUCAAACUGAUCUCCGGCUGGAACGUGGACAUCCUGGAGCAAGGAGAGGUGCGGCUGUGGCUGGAGGUAGAGAAGCUGUCUCCAGCUGCCGAGCUGCACCUCAUCUUCAACGAGAAGGAGAUCUUCAGCUCGCCGAACCGCAAAAUCAAUUUUGACCGUGAGAAGGGCCUGGUGGAAGUGAUCAUCCAGCACUUGUCUGAGGAUGACAAAGGCUCCUACACCGCUCAGCUCCAAGAUGGAAAGGCCAAAAACCAGAUCACCCUGGCGCUGGUGGACGACGAUUUUGACCAACUUCUGAGGAAGGCGGACGCCAAGAGAAGAGACUGGAAGAGAAAACAAGGUCCCUACUUCCAGGAACCUUUGCAAUGGAAGAUCACGGAGGACUGCCAAGUGCUGCUGACUUGCAAGGUGACCAACACCAAGAAGGAGACUCGCUUCCAAUGGUUCUUCCAGAAGAGACAGGCGCCCCAUGGUCAGUACGACCCACAGACAGGGGAAGGGCUUAUUUGCAUUGAAGAGCUGUCCAAAGAGGACAGGGGAAUCUACAGAGCGGAGGUUUCCGACGAUCGAGGGGAGGACGACACCAUCCUGGACCUCACGGGUGAAGCCCUGGACGCCGUCUUCACCGAGCUGGGCAGGAUCGGUGCCCUCUCUGCGACUCCGCUGAAGAUCCAGGGGACCGAGGAGGGCAUCCGGAUCUUCAGCAAGGUCAAGUACUACAAUGUGGAGUACAUGAAAACCACCUGGUUCCACAAGGACAAGCGCCUGGAGAGCGGAGAUCGGUUCAGAGCAGGCACCACCCUGGACGAGAUCUGGCUGCACAUCCUGGACCCCAAAGACUCAGACAAGGGCAAAUACACCCUGGAAAUAGCUGCCGGGAAGGACGUCCGGCAGCUCUCAGUGGAUCUCUCAGGGCAAGCUUUUGAUGACGCCCUGGCCGAACACCAGAGACUGAAAGCCUUGGCCAUCAUCGAGAAGAAUCGAGCCAAGGUAGUGAGAGGCCUGCCGGACGUGGCCACCAUCAUGGAAGACAAGACCCUGUGCCUGACCUGUGUCAUCUCAGGAGACCCCACCCCUGAAAUCUCCUGGCUGAAGAAUGACCAGCCUGUCACUUUCCUUGACCGCUACCACAUGGAGGUGAAGGGGACCGAAGUGACCAUCACCAUUGAGAAGGUCAACAGUGAGGACAGCGGACGCUACGGGGUCUUCGUCAAGAACAAGUAUGGCUCCGAGACGGGCCAGGUCACCAUCAGUGUGUUCAAACAUGGGGAUGAGCCCAAGGAGAUGAAAAAGAUGUGAUGGGCACAUCCUGGUGCAGCCUGAGAUCCAGUCCACAGGACCAGCAGGACCAACCAGUGGGUCGCAGCCUAGCGUGGGCCUUGGGGCAAGCAGAGGGAAGGGGACAGGAGGGGACCCAGGACGUGGGGGUAGGAGUGGAGGGACACACCAGAGGGAGAAGGAAAGCUCUUGCUAGAGUCCUAAGAGGCCUCCAGGAUGGCAGGGUGAGCGCUGGACUUGGAAUAAAAAACUUAAAUGUGA